AUGGGAUCUAGAAUGGUGAAUAAUCUAGUUAAAGCUGGAUUUAAAGUUACAGUUAAUGACAUAAACCGUGAUGUUAUGAAGAUGUUCACUGAAAUGGGAGUCUCAGCUAGAGAGACUCCUUAUGAAGUUGCACAAGAUAGCGAUGUUGUUAUUACGAUGUUACCUUCAUCAUCUCAUGUGAUGGAUGUGUACACAGGAACAAAUGGGUUGCUUCGUGAAGAAAACGCUAUAAGACCUGCUUUGUUAAUAGAUUCAUCCACUAUUGAUCCACAAACAACUCGAAAAGUCUCGCUUGCUGUUUCUAACUGUAAUGUGAAAGAAAAGAGAGAUAAUUGGGAAAAGCCAGUCAUGUUGGAUGCUCCUGUCUCUGGAGGUGUUCUUGCUGCAGAAGCUGGUACACUUACUUUCAUGGUUGGAGGUCCCGAAGAUGCAUACUUAGCCGCUAGACCAAUACUUCAGUCAAUGGGUAGAACUUCCAUCUACUGUGGUGGUUCAGGAAAUGGAUCUGCUGCAAAGAUUUGUAACAAUUUGGCAAUGGCUGUGAGUAUGCUCGGUACUUCAGAAGCCUUAGCUCUUGGUCAGUCGCUUGGAAUAUCUGCCAGCACUUUAACAGAAGUGUUAAACACAUCUAGUGGCCGAUGUUGGAGUAGCGACACAUACAAUCCAGUUCCAGGAGUAAUGAAAGGUGUGCCCUCUUCAAGGGAUUACAAUGGCGGUUUCGCCUCCAAGCUUAUGGCGAAAGACCUAAACCUCGCAGCAACCUCAGCUGAAGAAGUUGGACACAAAAGUUCAUUGAUAUCCAAAGUACAAGAAAUUUACAAGAAGAUGUGCGAGGAUGGGCAUGAAACAAAGGACUUCUCUUGUGUUUUCAGACACUUCUACAAUGGCAAAGAUGAAGUCUGA